UCCCCGCACCACCCGCAGCCCGCGCACACCGCCACGCCGCACCAGAGCGCGCAGGUGCCGACGACGCUGCACACGCCGGCGCCGACGCCGGAGACGCACGCGCCGCCCACGCCCGCGCCCGCCUCCGCGCCGCCGCCCACCAAGCUCUACCCGCAGGGCGACUCCCCCCGCGACGCGUCUCAACCCACGAACCCCUCGCCCGUGCCCCUCGAGCUACUCAAGCGGCCCGUGCUGCCUCGAGGAGAGACGCGAGUGGACCCGCUGGAGGACGAACACUCGCUGCACAUGCUCUAUGACUACACCACCGUGCAUGCCUGGCUGGAGCACCCGGUGAAGCGUUUUAAGAGCGACGAGAACACGUUCCGGGAAGAGCUGGCGCUCGGCAGCACGGGCGGCGACCUCUACGCAGGACACGACCACACGCGCAUGGCCGUCAUGCCCGACCACGCGGACGUGAAGCACGACCACGAUGACGCAGCGUACAAGAACCUGUACACGUCGGACGGCCUCUGUCCCACGCUGAAGGACCUCGACCAGAUCUUCGAGAACUCGGACGACGCCGCCAGCGGGGAUGAGACGGUAAGACUUCUCCAAGUACAAACGCCACCGGACUCCAACAAGUCCUUCGAAGAGACGCGAGGACGGAUGGUCCGGGCCGAGGAGUUAAGCAAGAUGUUUCCUACUCCGCCAUCGUUGGAAGCCCAUGCUGCCCCUUCUCCUGGGUUCACGCUGGAGUUGGAGCCGCUAAGGCAUGCGCACUCACAUGCUCAUGCGCAUCUCACACCCCACGCCACGCCCCCUCAUGAACCUAUUGAGGACUGGUCGUACGUGUUCAAACCGCCCACCGUCUACAAGUGCGUCGGGUCAUCUAAAUACGCGCCGCUACUGUCCCUGCCUUCCUCGUCACUACCACCAGUCAAUCUACCGCCGCACGCCGUGUACCGGCCGCGGUGGCAGCAAAGCGAGGAGGAACCACAGCCGCAGACAGGAACGAAGCGGCCCGCAUCCCCGCUGGCGUCGCCGGGCAAGCCGCCCCCCGCCACGCCCGCCCCGGCCCCCGCCGCCCCCGCGCCCCCCGCGCCCUCCCCCCGCGCCGCCACCCCCGCGCCGCCUCCCCGCCACCCCCGCGCCGCCUGCCGCGCCUGCCCGCUGCUGCUCAACGUGCUGCUCGCCGACACCGUGCUCAACGUCUUCCGGGACCACAACUUCGACAGCUGCACGCUCUGUGUGUGUAACGCGGGGCCCAAGGUUGUCGGCAACAUCCGAGGCGCGGACGCGUCGACCUACCUCCCCGAGAGCGCGGAAGCGACGGACGAUGACCCCGGCCGCUGCACGUGCGGCUUCAGCGCCGUCGUCAACCGGCGGCUCGCGCACAAGGCGGGGCUCUUCUACGAGAGCGCGGAAGCGACGGACGACGACCCCGGCCGCUGCACGUGCGGCUUCAGCGCCGUCGUCAACCGGCGGCUCGCGCACAAGGCGGGGCUCUUCUACGAGGUCACAACAAGCUACCUCCCCGAGAGCGCGGAAGCGACGGACGACGACCCCGGCCGCUGCACGUGCGGCUUCAGCGCCGUCGUCAACCGGCGGCUCGCGCACAAGGCGGGGCUCUUCUACGAGGACGAGAUGGAGAUCACGGGCAUAGCCGAGAUCCCGGGUCGGAACAGCACGCGGAGUCUCGGAGCCGUGGCCGGCGCCGUGCUCGGCAUGUGCGCGGCGCUCGGCGGCGGCGGCGCCUCCGCGCUCACCCGCGCCGCCCGCCACGCGGCGCGCGAGCGCCACGACCAGGACGACAUCAACCUGCUCGAUCGCGGGGCCGUGGCCGGCGCCGUGCUCGGCAUGUGCGCGGCGCUCGGCGGCGGCGGCGCCUCCGCGCUCACCCGCGCCGCCCGCCACGCGGCGCGCGAGCGCCACGACCAGGACGACAUCAACCUGCUCGAUCGCGGGGCCGUGGCCGGCGCCGUGCUCGGCAUGUGCGCGGCGCUCGGCGGCGGCGGCGCCUCCGCGCUCACCCGCGCCGCCCGCCACGCGGCGCGCGAGCGCCACGACCAGGACGACAUCAACCUGCUCGAUCGCGGGGCCGUGGCCGGCGCCGUGCUCGGCAUGUGCGCGGCGCUCGGCGGCGGCGGCGCCUCCGCGCUCACCCGCGCCGCCCGCCACGCGGCGCGCGAGCGCCACGACCAGGACGACAUCAACCUGCUCGAUCGCGGGGCCGUGGCCGGCGCCGUGCUCGGCAUGUGCGCGGCGCUCGGCGGCGGCGGCGCCUCCGCGCUCACCCGCGCCGCCCGCCACGCGGCGCGCGAGCGCCACGACCAGGACGACAUCAACCUGCUCGAUCGCGGGGCCGUGGCCGGCGCCGUGCUCGGCAUGUGCGCGGCGCUCGGCGGCGGCGGCGCCUCCGCGCUCACCCGCGCCGCCCGCCACGCGGCGCGCGAGCGCCACGACCAGGACGACAUCAACCUGCUCGAUCGCGGGGCCGUGGCCGGCGCCGUGCUCGGCAUGUGCGCGGCGCUCGGCGGCGGCGGCGCCUCCGCGCUCACCCGCGCCGCCCGCCACGCGGCGCGCGAGCGCCACGACCAGGACGACAUCAACCUGCUCGAUCGCGGGGCCGUGGCCGGCGCCGUGCUCGGCAUGUGCGCGGCGCUCGGCGGCGGCGGCGCCUCCGCGCUCACCCGCGCCGCCCGCCACGCGGCGCGCGAGCGCCACGACCAGGACGACAUCAACCUGCUCGAUCGCGGGGCCGUGGCCGGCGCCGUGCUCGGCAUGUGCGCGGCGCUCGGCGGCGGCGGCGCCUCCGCGCUCACCCGCGCCGCCCGCCACGCGUGCGGAGCUGUGCGCGGAGUCGCGGGGCCGUGGCCGGCGCCGUGCUCGGCAUGUGCGCGGCGCUCGGCGGCGGCGGCGCCUCCGCGCUCACCCGCGCCGCCCGCCACGCGGCGCGCGAGCGCCACGACCAGGACGACAUCAACCUGCUCGAGUGAGUAUACUGUGUACAGUGCGGAGCUGUGCGCGGAGUCGCGGGGCCGUGGCCGGCGCCGUGCUCGGCAUGUGCGCGGCGCUCGGCGGCGGCGGCGCCUCCGCGCUCACCCGCGCCGCCCGCCACGCGGCGCGCGAGCGCCACGACCAGGACGACAUCAACCUGCUCGAGUGAGUAUACUGUGUACAGUGCGGAGCUGUGCGCGGAGUCGCGGGGCCGUGGCCGGCGCCGUGCUCGGCAUGUGCGCGGCGCUCGGCGGCGGCGGCGCCUCCGCGCUCACCCGCGCCGCCCGCCACGCGGCGCGCGAGCGCCACGACCAGGACGACAUCAACCUGCUCGAAUACUCUGACGGCGGCGCGGCGUGCGCGCGCGCGCUGCGCGCGGCGGCGGGCGCGGCGGCGGGCGGCGCCGUGCACCGCUGGCCGUUCAUCGGCGCCCGGGCGCCCCGCUGCUCCCGGGACGUUAUCAGAUUGAUGCGCCGCCUCCGCCCCCUCCUCCAAGACGCGAUCCAGAAGCGCUGCUGCGGCGCGCGCAUGUGGGACGGUGUGGCAGGCCCGCUCACCUGGCGCCAGUUCCACCGCCUCGCCGGCCGCUCCAACGAGGACCUCUGCGAGCCCCAACCCGUACCUCCCCUCCUAGUCGGACACGAUCGCGACUGGAUAUCCCUCUCACCUUACGCCCUUCGCCACUGGGAGCGACUAGCCCUCGAACCAUACUCCUACUCGAGAGACGUAGCCUACGUAGUCUUAGCGCCUGACGGCGAAGUCCUAACAGACCCUAUCAAAACCUUCUUCAGAGAACUCUCCACAGCCUACGAAUCCUGCCGCCUUGGACGACAUCAACCUAUCAACCGAAUAGCCCGCGACGGCUUAAUAAGAACGAGCCCCUCCGACCGCGACCAAACAGCCGAAGAGUGGACGGGUGAACUACCAGCGGGCCGACUAGGAGAAUACAUAAAGUCCUACGCGGAGACGUUACGAACGAGUCUAGUACCUCAACUGGCUAGUUUGAGCAUCGACAGAUCCUUGCUAGAGACGGAGAACAAGUCGACGCAUAUAGAGCGUCCGUCGCCGUCGCCUAUGCGGCCGCCGUCGACGCCCGACCACCCGCCGACGCCCAGUAGCCAAAGCGAUCAGGAGAAUGAGACGCCGAACACGUCGUCCAGUGCUAAUAACAGUACAGUGCAUAACUCCUGGGAAGAGGAGGAAGGCGGCGCCCCCGCGCUAGUGAUAUACGUGGUGGAGCCGCCCGCCUCGCACGCGCACCGCGCGCACGCGCUGCACGCACUGCUGCGGCUAGCGGCGCGCACGCACCACCACCUGCGGCACCACAACCCGCUCGUCAAGAUCAUCUCUCUAGAGGGUAUCUGCGAAACAGCCGGUCUCGGCGCUGGAACGCGAUCGGAACUCCGGGCGCUAGCGUUCAGCGUGUUCACCGGCGCGCGGAGACUCCUGCAGCCCGCGCCCGCCGGCAAGUCGCUCACGGGCUUCGGUACAGCAGCGCAGGCGAGGGUGCUGCUCGACGCCAUGCAGGAAAAAGACCGAGCGCCCUACAAACUAUUCUCACCCGCGUGGGUACUCGCACCUCCUCGGGCCCUCAAAGAAGUGGCCGAAACCUGGGGCCAUUCCUGUGGGGAACAAGGCGCCGUGCUGUUCCUGUCGUACUGCCUGUCGCACGACCAGCGCUGGCUGUUCGCCGCCGCCACCGACGCGCGCGGCGAGCUACUCGACACGCACGCCGUCAACAUACACGUGCCGCACAGAUCGCGGCGGAGACGAGCGCUGGGCGCGCGGCGCUGCGGGCUGACCAAACUCAUGGACUGGGCGCUCGGAGUUAUGAGUCAAGCUGCCCAACCGUGGAGGCUUGUAGUCGGUCGACUCGGUCGUAUCGGCCACGGCGAACUCAAGGGCUGGAGCUGGCUCCUCUCCCGUAAAAACCUGACGCGCGCCUCCAAUCAGCUGAAGGACAUCUGCAACCCCUGCUCCGUGCUCUACCCGUCCGGCGCGCCCUGCAUCCUCUCCGCCUGCCUCGUCUCCACCGAGCCCGACUCCUGCCUGCGGCUCAUGGCGGACAGGUUCACGCCCGACGAGAGAUUCAGCCAGGCCUCCAUACAGUCACAUCUGCACACGCCGCGGGACGUCACCGCCACGCAUAUACUCGUGUUCCCCACCUCCGCCACCGCCACACAGUCAGCGCAAGGGCAGUUCGAGCAGAGCGCAAUGGCGAACGGCGAGACCGACGACAUGAUGUUCCUCGGCGUGGACAUGAACGACAUGAACGACGACGAGAUCAGCGACAGCAACAUGACGGACCUGCUCAUCGGAGACAUGUUCAACAACAUGUGGCCGCAGGGCAGCCCGAGGAACGACGGCGGGAGGGAGGAAGACGCGGCGGCUGACGAGGAUGAGCCGCAGAGGAGUGUGCCGCAAGCGAGCUACGCGGGGGAUGAUCACAGCCAGGAGCAAGUGGGCACCGUGCUUCAGCAGCCGCUGGCGCUGGGCUACAUGGUGUCGACGGCGCCGCUGGACGCCAUGCCGGCGUGGUGGUGGGCGGGCUGCUCGCACCUGCGCGACGCGUGCCCCGCCUUCCUCAAGAGCGCGCUGCACCUCCACACCGGCUCCGUGCAGGCCGCCGACGACUUCACCUCCCUCACGCAGCGCAGCUCGCACCUGCACCCGCUCGACAGCCAGGUCACCACCGACGUGCUCAGGUACGUGCUAGAAGGCUACAACGCGCUCUCGUGGCUCGCGCUCGACGGCGAGACUCACGACCGGCGAUCCUGCCUGCCGCUACACGUCCAAGUCCUCAUGCAGCUCUACCACACCGCCGCCGCGCUCGGUUAAUGUCAACCGCAACUGUCCGCCAUCUUUGCGACACGGCAUGACGUCGCGUCUUCGUGUAUACACGUCCAUACUGAAUACGAAACGUUCAUUCGGCCAUCUUAUAUCGCGUCCUCGGCUAACAUUCGGCCAUCCUGACUGUGGCGCGUCCUCGAACACUCGGCCGUCCUAUGUGGCAUCCUCGGGUAACAUUCGGCCAUCCCGACGGGCACGUCCUGGGGUAUCUGCCAUCCAGAAUAUGACCCGUCCUCGGGUAACAAUCGGCCAUCCUGACUGCGAGGCGUCUUCGGAUAACACUUGGCCAUCCUGAUAUGUCGCGUCCUCGAAUACCAUUCGGCCAUCCUGACCGCGACGCGUCCUCAGCUGACACUAUCAACCUGACAGCGGCACGUCCUCAGCGAGCUAAUCUGGCGGCGCCACCUUAUUUAUUGGAGACGGUUAGAAAGAGUACACUAAUUUAUUACCCUAGUUAAUUCGACAUAGGAUUUUUUCUAUUGUAAAUCGCUACCCUCGAAAUGGCCGUUUAAGAAUAGAAUUCUAGACGACAGUACUUAGGUAAAUUAUACGAUAGAAUAGGUGCCGUCGACUCUGCGCGGCUGGACCUUGUUACGUUACACUCUGGGUUUAAAAUCCACUGACAGAUGCGAUUUGAUACGUAAGUUAGACCAUUCGAUUGUAAGAUGUUGGUAAAGAUUAAGAGUAAGUUGUUAACAUCGGGAAUGAUGGGAUUUUGAUUCGUUGAUAACAAUUGGAAAUCCAUCUUUUUGUAGGGCUAUAUUUUAAUUCAGUUUGACAUCUAUCAUUAUUAAUUUACAUUUAACUUAACGUUUUUUCAACUUGAUAUAAUAAAAAAAAUUCAAAACAGCUUCCAAUUGUUAUGAACUUGCAUAAAUCGGAUUGUAUAUUAAAAGGCCAAGAUGUUCACCUAAUUGGGUAGCUUAAGUGUAUUUAUCAUUCGACGCUUGUUACUUAUUGGUGAUAAGAACAUUCUAUAUCAACAACAUUCUGUAUAAAGCCAUAUAAAAGCCCGAUUUUAUAUUUAACUAAAUAUCAGUUUAAUUGAGAUCUAGAUAAGAAUAACACCAUUUUUAUGCAUUUUAUCAAGCGAAAUCAAUUUAUAGCAAAUAUUGUAUCGCCUUUUUUAAAACAACAGUGAGAUAUUAUCGUUUAUCUUAAUGAAUUUUAACUACUGUCUUCGAGACAGUUAUCUAGUUUACAAGAUAACCUGCAAUCAUGAACUCUUUUUGGCAUUCUCCAAAAGCAAACACAUUUUUCCAGGCCAUUUUUUUAACUUAUCUAUUUAUUCAUAAAGAUAUUUACGACAGUAUAUACGUUUUAACCAUCAAAAAUUCUGGUUGUAUUCUUUCUAUCUUUUCAAUCGGGGCAAAA